AUGCAGGCCACUUACAAGGUGCUGCUCGCGUCACUAACCCUGACUGCCGCCACCGACGUUCGACCCGACACCCAUGACUUGACCUCGGGUCAGCUGGCGGCCGGCGGCGACCAGUACGCUGCUGCCAGCUCCAUCGGCCCCAGCCACGUCAGCGUCGGGCCCAGCUACCCAGUUCACAACUCUGGUUACGGCGGUGGCUACGAUAGCGGCUACGGCGGCAGCUACGGUGGUGGCUACGGCGGUGGCUACGGCGGCCACGAGCAGGGCGGCGGCUUCAGCAUCGGCGGUAGCCAGGGCGGCUCCGGCUACUACACGGGCGACGGUAUUGGCUACGGCAGUGGCUACAGCAGCAGUGGCUACGGCGGCGAUGGCUUUGGUGGUGGAGGGUAUGGAGGAAGCUCUCACGCGCCAAGUUACGGGCACAGCGGCUACGGCUCCGGCUACACCCACGUGGUGCAAAUAAACGACUACGAGGGUGGACGCGGCAAGGGCGACGACGACGUGCAGGUCAUCUACGUCCGCGACGAGAAGAGCGGCGGUUACGGCGGCGGCGACGUGUACGACUACGGCUACAGCCACGGCCACGUCAAGUCGUACUACGGCGGCCAGCGGCACGGCCUCGGGCCGGGCGACCUCAUCAAGUGGGCUUACCUUGUCACCGCGCUGGUGCUGGUGGCCUGCGCCGGCGCCGGCGUGAGCGCUCACAGCGGCGGCUACAGCAGCCCCAGCAGCGUCGUCAUCCACAAGCAGGCGUACGAGCAGCCCAUCCGUACCACCUACCACAUUCCGGUGCGGCACUACUCGCAGCAGCCCGUGGCCUACUCCGAGACGUACGUGGACAAAUAUGGCAAGGAGCAGACGCGGAACAAGGUGCGUUACGAGCAGCAGGUGCACUACAGCCUGCAGCCAGUGCACCUGCACCAGACGGUGCAGCACGACGUCGUCACGGUGCUGCUGCCAAAGAAGCGACGCCGCGGCCACGGCGGCGGCCACCACAGCCACGGCGGCUACCACAGCCACGGCGGCUACCACAGCCACGGCGGCUACGGAUACCACUGA